GCAUGCUCAGUCGGCCCGCGCACGCGACCUGGCGGCGGAUGUGAUAUCAUGACGCAGAGAAGGGACGUCUCCGGCCGCGUGGGGCGCGCGUCACUCUCUGUUGCCGGCGGAGAUGGAGGCGCUGGACCGGGUGGUAAAGCCUAAAACUAAGAGGGCCAAAAGGUUUCUUGAAAAGAGAGAACCCAAGCUCACUGAAAAUACAAAAAAUGCCAUCCUCAUAAAAGGUGGAAAUGCAAACUUAACAGUGACUGAAGCACUUAAAGAUAUUUAUGCUCUGAAAAAGCCCUUUGCUGUCCUGUACAAAAAAAAAAAUAUUACCAGACCUUUUGAGGAUCAAACAUCAUUGGAGUUCUUUUCCAAGAAGUCGGAUUGUUCUUUGUUUCUGUUCGGUUCACAUAAUAAAAAGCGGCCUAACAAUCUAAUAAUAGGUCGUAUGUUUGAUUAUCAUGUCUUGGAUAUGAUUGAGCUAGGCAUUGAGAGAUUUGUGUCACUAAAAGAUAUUAAGAACAGCAAGUGUCCUGAAGGAACAAAGCCCAUGUUGAUAUUUGCUGGUGACACAUUUGAUUUAAAUGAAGAAUAUAGAAGAUUGAAAAGUCUUCUCAUUGAUUUCUUUCGAGGUCCUACUGUAUCCUCUAUUCGCCUGGCAGGGUUAGAGUAUGUUCUGCAUUUCACAGCUAUGGAUGGAAAAAUUUAUAUGCGAAGUUACAAAGUGUUGCUGAAGAAGUCAGGAUGUAAAAUACCAAGAAUUGAAUUGGAAGAGAUGGGACCUUCAUUAGAUCUGGUGAUGAGGAGAACACAUUUGGGUUCAGAAGACCUCUAUAAGUUGUCUCUUAAACAACCUAAAGCCCUCAAGCCAAAGAAGAAGAAGAAUAUCUCCCAUGAUGUCUUCGGUACGUCGUAUGGUCGGAUCCACAUGCAGAAACAGGACCUCAGUAAAUUACAAACCAGGAAGAUGAAAGGGUUGAAGAGGAGGCCUGCAGCAAAGAUGACUGAAGAAGAUGAAGGGAUUAAUCCAAAGAAAUCAAAAUCAAUCUGAUAAAAUGAAAUAAUUUUGGAUUCUUGUUAACUUCAGCUUCUGGUAUAUUUGUCACAAAAUACAUGUGGCAGAUGUGGACCCAAUCAGCUGCUAUUUUUUUAAAAUGCUGUAGUUCUAAAAGUGAACUUCAGUGGUGUUGGGCUGUACACUGACAGGAUUUUCUCAGUUGUCUGAAGCUGGUUGUAUUUAUCUGGAUAAAUUAGUGGAAUAAAUCAAUGACAAAAACCAUUUACCUUAUAGUUUCCUAAAUGGCCCUCUGGGGUUUUUAACCUGUGGACUCUUGUUAGACUAGUCUUUUAAUAUAAAUUCUUUUUGGGGACUGAGCUGUUAAUGUGUAAAUGCUGUCCUUGAUUUGUUUUCUGAUAAUGUUAAAUGUAUUUGCCCUGUUAUGUAGUAAGUUAGAGAUAAGUAUUCACAAAACUGUGCUAUUUUAUUAACUAUGUAUUUAAAAAAAGAGAAAAGAGAAACCAUAUCAGUAUGUG